AUGGCGCCUGCGUCUCGCUCCCGCUCACCGCCCGCCGCCAGCUCCGAGCGCCGCGGCCGCCGCUCGCGGUCCCGCUCCCGCUCGCGCAAUGGCCCGAGGCGCCUGAGCCAACGGCGGAGCCGCAGCUGGUCCCGGAGCCCCGGAGCGCCGCGCUCUUCCGCGCACCACGGGCACCACCACCACGGCAAAUGGCCCGAGUACUAGGAGAAGGAGGAGAUCCUGCGGCAGAGGACACUCAAUGAGAGAGAGAGAAUUGGAGAACUGGGGGCACCUGAAGUCUGGGGGCUGUCACCAAAAGUUCCUGACCCAGAUUCCAAUGAGCACACACCAGUAGAAGAUGAAGAGGCAAAAUCUAAGAGUAGUUCUUCAGAUUCCAGCUCAGAAGAGGAAAAGAAGAACAAUAAGAAGAAAAGACAAAAGCAAAAACAUAAAGCAUCCAAAAGAAAGCGCAGGAAACAUUCUGAGGACAGCAACAGUGACUCUGAGUCUGAGCAGAACUCCAGUGAUAAAGAUAAAAAGAAAAGCAAGAAGAGGAAAAAGAUGAACAAAAAGUAAAAGUAUAAGAAAAAGAAAGCUAAGAAGAGCAGGAAGGAAUCCAGUGAUUCAAGUAACAAAGAUUCUGAUGAUGAAGUGCUUCAAGGGGAUGAUCUCUGGACUGAGAGGUCAAAAAAUACUGAAGCUGAUAUUGGACCAGAGGCUCCCAAAACUCACGCAUCUCAGGAUGAUAGGCCUUUGAACUAUGGACAUGCCCUCCUGCCUGGUGAAGGUGCAGCCAUGGCAGAGUACGUAAAAGCAGGGAAACGCAUUCCCCACAGAGGCGAGAUCGGCUUGACAAGUGAAGAGAUUGCAUCGUUUGAGAAUUCUGGUUAUGUCAUGAGUGGCAGCAGACAUCGCCACAUGGAAGCUGUGCGUCUGCGUAAAGAGAAUCAGAUCUACAGUGCAGAUGAAAAGAGAGCUCUGGCAUCCUUCAACCAGGAGGAGAGGAGGAAACGAGAGAAUAAGAUCCUUGCAAGCUUUCGAGAGAUGGUCUACAGAAAAACUGAAGGCAAAGAGGAAAAAUAAUGUUUCAUUUUAGCUUGCAACACGUAGCAGCUAACCCAGUCCAGUUGUGAUUUGAAAAAAGCUGCAGGUGCUGCAGCACCUUUCACCCAACAGGGCCAAGCCUCAGGAGUGGAUUACUUGUAUCAAGGAAACAGAGUUAUUUUCAUCAGAUUUUCUUGGGUGGUUUGUUUACCAUCUACAAGGAAUCCCUGUAAAGAGAAAGGUUACAAGGCAGGAACAGGUGGGGAAGAUUAGAGGUGUCAAUGUUCUGAGCUUGCUUUGAAUCAGACAAGCCAAAGGAUCCCAUGGGAAGGCUUUGUUACCUAAUGCCAAUAAGUGUGAUUUUUUUUAUUCCAUUUAUUUUUAUUGAUCAUAGGAUCAUUUAGCUUGGGAAAGACCUUUAACAAGCUACUAGCACCAGCAGCAAAAAUGAAGGAACUCCUGAGUUCCUGUUUUAAGAUCCAGGACUGUCCACUUCACUAUUUUUUUAUAAGUCUUUUAGAUUUAGGGUUUUCCUCAAAACAGUUGAGUUUGGUUUGUGAAUCAAACCAGAUGUGUAAAUAUUUUGUAAAUGAGUUUGUAAUUUAAUACAGAUGGACUUCAGUUACUUUAGAGCAAGCAGAUCACAACUGAGGUGUGAAGUAACAGUAAUAGGAGGGUAUUGAAUUUCUCGAAGAGCCAGAUAUAUUUAGCUCUGUGAUGGUUCAAUACCUCUGAGGGUGUCCAGCACUUCACAGAAAAUGGCUUAAAAUAAUAGCGUGACAACUUCUCUGGGCAUGCUUUGUAAAAGAAAAGGUUUUAAUAAUGACAAAAAUACCAAACAUUAUCAGAUUAAAGAAAUAUAAGUUGACCACAGUGUAGACAACACUCUUACACUGCUAAGGCAGUCCAAAAAAGCAAUUAAGCACCUCUGUGCAGUCUUUUAAGUACACAAUGAUUAAGGAGGAAUAAUUUGGCUUGCUGCCAAUAGAAACAGCUACAGGUUUUGAGAAAUAUUUCCAAAGCCCAAUCAGUGCCCCUGUGCUGGCACUGGGCCAGUGUUGAUGAAAAGGGCACAGAACUUUCUAGUUUGUCUUCCUUAUAUAUCCAGAGGUAAACCAAAACUUUUUUCCUAUAAUAGAAACAUUUGCUUAGGUGUAAAAAUGCCCUGCUACAGGAGGGUCUGAUCUUCAAUCCACUGAAAUACAUGGUGAAGAAUGAAGUUGCUUGCUUCUUUUUCUCCUGUGGUAUACAUAGGCAUCCAUGCAGUGGGGUGCAGUGAUUGGAACCCCUGGAUGUACACAGGUGGUAACAAGGAUUUAUCUUUCAAUUUAUUUGAAAUGUUUCUGUUUAUGGAAGUGUUCUAGAUUAAACCCUUAUUUUAACUCUUGUAGUACUUUGGUCUAUUUCAGCAGUAUUACAUGUCUUGCUUUAAACUCUGUGCUUGGAAGCUUUGCUCAGGCAGUCCUUAUGUGGUGGUUAUCUUUUAUUCACCUGCAUAUUACCAAACAUAUCUCCCGGAACUGCUUUUUCUCAGAUGUUUUUGAAAACAAAAUGGUUUUGAGAGGUAGGUUGUUUCUUUUUUGUUCUCCUAAUUUUUUUUUUUUUUUUUGUUCCUCUAAGUCUAGCAGCAGAGAUGUCUUAUAUAUUUGUAUCAAGAAAAUAAAAGUCCUUAUCCUGGUUUAGGGAAAAUUUGGGAGAAAACCCUUGAAUGGGAUCCUUCCGGGGAGCAAACUUAAAUGGCCCUUCCUUCUAACUGGUCUGGUAAAAAACUUCCUCGGAGAAAAGUGGAAAAAACUAUUUUACUUAACAAACAAAGUACAUACAAGUAUAAAGAAUGAAUAAUAUGAAACAAUAAAACCUCUCAUUUUGGAGUGAGAUGGCAAAUUGAGAAAGUUCUUGCCAUAAGUGUAGCUUGGCUCUCUCUCAGUCUUUUUUAUCAGUCCCACUCCCUCUGGGGCAGAGACAGGUAACAUCAAGUUAAGCCUGCUGUUCCCCCCGCUUUCUGGGGGGGAGCUAGCCUGAGGCCUAGCUAAAUUCUAUCAGUUCCCGGAUGGGAGUAGAGAAAGAGAAGUUACUGCUUUACAACAGAUACUUUCUUCAAACUUCCCUGGAGCAGGGAGAAAUCUCUGCCCGACCCCUAAUAAAAGCUAUAAGCACCAUUUAGGCUGAGGCCACCCCGAUUUACACUGGAGGGGUGGGCCAAAAAGGCAUUUAUAAUCCUGCCUGGUUUUUUUGUGAUUCCAGACUGCCCAAGUGCUCUAAUCUCUGAUGUUUCUGCUUAAGUUCUUCCUCCACUCACUAGCGUAGCCUUAAACAUCUAACACCACAAGCUACCGAAAGAGAAGAAACUCUAAGCAGAUUUAACCUUUUCCUAGCAACAUGAAGCUUCCAGAGCUUGGCCCUUCACUGAGAGAAAAAAGAAAAACACAGAGUGAACAUAAAAAACAACAUAAAGUUAGUAAAGCAAAAGUAAAAAGACUAUUAUAAUAGACAGAAAGUUAAAGAGUUUGUUGUUCCAUUCUUAUUGAGCCAUAGAAGUGAACUCUAUAUUUAAAUUAUCCCUUUAAAUCAUGGGAAAGAUAUGCAUUUAGAGAGAUGAUUGUUUAGAUUUGUGUGUAGAUUUGAGCAAAGGUGUUUGUGAUGGACUAAGUAAUAUUAAUCCUAUAAGAUGCUUGAACAGAGAUAGAGAUGAGAAGCCCUCUGCACCAGUGAAGUGAGAAGAUAUCUUUGUUCCUUGAGAUGAAGAAUCCUUUACCUUUAAAGUUAUUCAUCUUUAAAAGCUGACACCCCAAUAUACAAAAGUCUAAGACCCAUGACCCAUAAGCAGCUUGGGAACCUGCUAAUGGGAGGGGUCACAAAGGCUGGUUUCCCUGGGCGACUGAUUUUGUGACAGUUUAAAAAACCCACAAGAGAACUGUUCUAAGUUGUCAGUAGGAUCCAUAACUCUAAGAGAGACUCUUCUCCUAAAAAAUUAAUGAAAGACUAUUUUCAAAUGGUGAA